AUGCAAGAACAUACGGUUGUGACUUGGUUGUGUAGAAACAAUUUUCAAGAUGUGGUGGAAGUUGUCUUGGGAACAGCUCUGGCCAUCCUUCUGUAUCUCUCCUUCUUCCAGAAACCGAAAGGACUGCCACCAGGUCGCUGGGGUCUUCCCUUGAUUGGGUAUCUUCCUCUCAACGGUAAAUCAAUAGAAGAACAAGCUACACUCCUUCGCAAACAGUACGGGGAUAUCUUCCUGUGGAGAAUGGGGACCCAGGUGGUCGUGUUCGUCAACAACUUCAAACUGACCAAGGAAGUUUUCGCCAGCAAAUCCUUCACCGAUCGACCGGGCUGGGACAUGAUCACCUUGGAGGAGAAAGUUCCAUUGGGCGUGUUUGCGAGCAACGGCCACAUUUGGCAGACGAACCGACGCUUCACCCUCCGUCAGCUGAGAGACCAGGGCAUGGGCAAGUCGAGGCUCGUGUCAGGAAUCCACGUCCAAGCGAGGAAACUGGUGGAGGCGCUGAAGGACCAAGCCGGGAGGUCUGCGCCGCUGCCCCACGCACUCAGGGUCGGCGUCACGAAUGUCAUUUGGCAUAUGAUCGCAGGCAAAACCUUCGAGAUAGGAGACGAAAAACUGAUAGAAUUCGAACGGAUCAUAAAGGAACUGAACGACGUCACAUUUUGGAUAGGAAUUCCCGAUUUCUUUCCCUGGCUCAAAUAUCUGCCAAAAGUCCUACAAAAUAAACUCUUUUCGCUGGAUGUCAACAAGCUCCUGAAGGAAAAAUUCUUCGUUUUCUUCAACGAAACGAUCCAGGAACACAAGGCGUCGCUGGAUCCAAACAACCCAAGGGAUUUGAUGGACGCUUACCUGCUGGACAUUGAGCAGACGAGUGACGACCCCGACUCCAUCCGCACGAAAAGAGAUUUGGUUUUCCUACUGAUAGACCUAUUCUUCGCCGGAAGUGAGACGACCACCAACACGCUCACGCACUUGUUUUACUACAUGGCCAUGAACCCUGACAUUCAGAAGAAGGUGCAGGCAGAGAUCGAUGAAGUGCUGCCCAAGGGGACCCUUCCUACCCUAGACGAUAGGCCAAGCAUGCCCUACACGGACGCAGUCAUACACGAAAUCCUUCGUAUAACGUCCCUUGUGCCCCUUGGUGUCAUGCACUGUGCCAAUGAAGAUACCCAGCUGUCUGGGUACAGUAUACCCAAGGGCACCAUCAUCACGUCCGCCUUCUCUCACAUCCACUUCGACUCCAGGCAUUGGGAACAGGCUGAGAAGUUUAUGCCUGAACGAUGGCUCGAUCAGGAGGGGAAGUUCAACGGGAAGAGGGAUGGUUUUGUACCCUUUGGCAUCGGUCGACGGUCUUGCCUCGGGGAGACUCUCGCUCGAAUGGAACUCUUCAUCUUCUCGACCGCAGUGUUCCAGAGCCUCAACAUCGCCCCGCCCCCUGGUACAGCCCUCGACCUCGCCCACGACGAUAACCAGCCCUUCUUCCACAACGCUAAGACUCAAGAUGUGUACGUGACGGUUCGCUGUUCAGAGCUUCUUAAGGCUGAGAAUUUGCCGAUAAAAGUUACUCUAGAGUUCAGCACCGAUGCAGAACAAGAGGACCACGCAAGAGAGGAACUAUUCCUCUUGAUUCGAACAACAGGUGAAUCUGGGAAACUACCUAUUAAUUUCAACAGCAGUCAGCAGUCAGAGGAUUUAUACCCAAUCCUGGGCGUAUUUAGUCCAGCGGGAGAGAUUGUUAUUAGUAAAGUUAAACUCUACGAACCUAUUACGAAACAAGGCCGAUGGGGUCUUCCGCUGGUCGGCUACAUACCCCUCAGCGGAAAACACAUGGACGAGCAAUUCAAGGACCUCCAAAAACAACACGGGGACAUUUACUUAUGGCGAAUGGGCACCCAGGUGAUGGUCUUCCUGCACAGUUACCAGCUCAGCAAAGAAGCCCUCGGCAGUAGUGCUUUUCUCGACCGCCCGACGUGGGAACUGUUCAAAUUUAUGGAACCUGUUACUCUUGGUGAGGAAUCCUGUGUUCGGAUCGGUGUAAUUGGAAGCAACGGCAACAUCUGGCACACCAACCGCCGCUUCAGCCUCCGCCAACUCCGGGAUCAGGGGGGGAUGGGCAAGUCCAGCUUGGUCUCCGCGAUCCAAAAGCAAGCCCGCGAGUUGGUCGAGGCGCUGAAAGGCCAAGCGAGCAAGCCGGAGCGCAUCCCCGGGAUCUGCGGGUGGCUGUUAUCAACAUUAUCUGGCAUAUGGUUGCGAACCCUUGCCUUGGGUGCCGAGGGAUGCGGUGACGAGCGAGACCGUCGCCUGCCGUGUCUCCAUCUGCUCUGUUUUGCGUCUCAUGUUCUGCUCGUCAGGCAGCCUGGGCUGCCUGACGAGAUGUUCUAUUAUGCAGUUAUUCCUUGUAAACAGUUUGAAAAAACGGAUCCCAAGCUGCAAGAAUUCAUCGACAUUAUUGACGAUCUGACGCAAAAGUUUGGACCAAUAGCAAUCCCCGAUUUUAUGCCUUGGAUUAAGUAUUGUCUUCCUGAUUUCCUCAUACGCCGCCUCUUCUCCAUCGACAUGCUUUACACUCUGAAGGAUAAAUUCUUCGAUUACUGUAAGGAACUGAUCGAGGAACACAAAGCUUCCCUGGAUCCUGAUGAUCCUAAGGACCUAAUUGAUGGCUACCUUCUUGAUAUCGAGGCAUCGAAAGACGACCCAGACACGAUUCGAACAGGUAAGGAUCUGUGCAUCCUCAUCCUGGACCUGUUCUUCGCCGGCAGUGAAACCACGGUCGGGACCCUCGCCUUCAUGUUCUUCUACCUAGCCAACCACCCGGAAGUUCAGAGGAAGUUCCAGGCGGAGAUCGACGAGGUUCUGCCGAAAGGAACGCUGGCUACACUCGAGGACCGAAGCAGAAUGCCGUUCACUGAGGCCGUUAUUCAUGAGGUUCUUCGGGCAUCUUCUUUGGCAUCGCUUGGCGUUCAACAUGUUGCAGUGAGGGACACUAUGCUGGGUGGAUACUUACUCCCAAAGGGGACGAUCGUGUCGACAGCCGCAGGCGCCAUGCACCACGACCCCCGCUACUGGAACAACCCAGAGAAGUUCAUGCCGGAGCGCUGGCUGGACGACCAAGGGAAGUUUACGACCAAGAAAGAGGGGUUCCUGCCCUUUGGCAUUGGGAAAAGGGUGUGCGUCGGCGAGUCCCUGGCGCGCAUGGAACUCUUCAUCAUCUCCACCGCCAUCUUCCAGUCCCUGAGUGUGAGUCCGCCGCCGGGGUCAAAGGUCGACGUCUCACCCGACCCUGGCAAUCCUUUUGGUCACAACCCGAGGCAGGAGAAGGUCUGCUUCACCAUCCGCGAGUGAGUGAGGGAGGGAGAGAGGGUAUGAGGGAUGGGUAGGG